AUGUCCGGUUUACAAACAGGAGAGAAAAUGGAGAUGGACCAAAGUAAAGGUCUGAAGAAAGAAGUACAAAAAGAUCAGGAUGCUAACAGACCAGCUGUCUCAUCCCCUAAGAGAUCGAUGGUAACAGCCACCAAGCUCCAUUCGCCAGGCUAUUUUGCACCUGGUGAGAUUACAAAGAAAGAUCCAAAGAAAGAUUUGUUGCAGAGAGUGUCAAACCAGCAGCUGACCAGCGUUUAUAACGGACAUCCCAAGCAAAGGCCAGCCACCCCAAAGAAUGGAUUCUCCCCCAAACCAGGAGAGAGUCGAGAUGCUGAAAAGCAGUUUGUUCAGAGGUUGAAGGAAAAGUGUGAUGAGCAGUCCCGGCAAUUAAGCAAUAUUCGAGAUGAGCUUAAAAGGGCCAGCUGUGGUUUUGAUGUCUUUGCGAUAACAACACAGCACUUUUUCAGACAGAGUAUUCAGUUUUCUUUUGAGAAAGGUCAACCAGAGGAGCUCUUGUCCUUAACAGACAAGAAAAUACGAGAAAUAAAUGUGGAAAUAGGCAUGAACAUCAGGCCAUUAGUGGUGCCUGUAGAGAAUGAAAAUGCCCUUGUGAAAAUAAAGGAGUUAGGAGUCGAGCUUGCAAAGAUCAGGGAUGAAGUGGGAGCUAUAGAGCUUGAAAGGGACACCAAGUCCCUCUUAGUGCUCCAGAAAACAUCAGGAUCAGAGCAGGACCCCAGUAGCGAUAUCCGUGUGGACAUACUGAGCAAGUCUGGAUAUUGUUGUCCAAUCUUUGCAACCCUCAAUGCAGCGAGAUGGAAGAAAUUGCAGAGCGAGAAGGAGGAGCUGGAGAGGCGCUUUGAGGAGGAGGUGAAGCAGCUUCGCAGGCAGCAGCAGGAGGAGCUGCAGGUGCUGGAGCAGCGGCUGCAGGACGAGUACAACACCAAGCGGGAGAGCCUGCAGGAGCAGCACAGGCUGCAGCUGGAGCAAGUCAAACUGCAGCAUCAGGAUCAGGUGGAAGAUAUCACAGCUCUACACGAAGCUGCAAUGUUACAGCUGGAAAAUAACCACAUAGUCGCCAUUACAGUACUGCAGGAUGAGAAUGACUGCAAGAUUCAAGAACUGCAUACUGCUCACAAACUGGAAAAGACACAAUUAGAAGAGAAUUUUGAAAAACUGCGGCUGUCCCUCCAGGACCAGAUAGACACCCUCACCUUCCAGAACCAUUCUCUUAAGGCCAAAGCAGACCGAUUUGAAGAGGCUCUGAAGAAAAACACCGAGGAACAACUGAAGAUUGUACGAGCUCCAUACCUGCACUUAGAAAAAGAUCUGAAGAGCUUAAAACAUGUUCUGGAAAUGAAGAACCAUCAGAUUCACCAACAGGAGAAGAUGAUUAUGGAGCUAGAAAAACAGGCUGAGAAAAAUUUAAAACUGGAAGAAAAAAUCACCAUGCUGCAACAGCAGAAUGAAGAACUCAGAGCCAGGAUUGAGCAAAAUACUGUCAUAACAAGGCAAUUGUCAGAGGAGAAUGCCAAUCUUCAAGAAUACGUUGAGAAAGAAGUGGAGGAGAAGAAGAAGCUGAGCAGGACUAAUGAAGAGCUCCUCUGGAAGCUGCAGGAGGGAGAUGCCGUGAGCCCCGUGAAACUCCCACCCACAUCAUCCACUUCUUUUUAUCGCUGCUCAUCAGGGAACUCCUCUCCAGCAAAAGUCAGAACCUUGCGGCGAUGA